GCGGUAGUUGCUGCCAUCAUUCUCUACAGUGACGUCACCCAUCUCAGUGAGAAUGGGCGCAAGAAGGCGUGGCCCGUGAUGAUGACCAUCGCCAACAUCCGUCAGGGCGGGCGCUGGGCGACGUCGGGGCACUGCCUGCUGGGCAAUCUCCCAAUCCCACCCAAGGGGAUGCCUUCGGCGCAGAAAACUCAACUCUUUCAGCAGGGGGCUCUCACCAUGCUGCAUACGAUUUUGGAGGGUCGUGAGUGCGGAUUCUUGCUAAAAGACCCGAACGGCGUGGAGCACCUUGUCAAGCCAAUGCUCUACGCGUGGGUCUGCGACUACCCAGAGAGCGGGAAAGUCACGUGCACCCUCUCCGGCGGCACAAGUCGACCGUGCAGCAUCUGCUAUGCCGAGAAGGAACACCUUGACUGCGUGACGGCCGAGAACACUCCUCGGACCCCGGCCCGACAGCAGUGGAUUGUUGACAAUUGGGCGAACAAGCUGGGCACCAAGAAAGCUGCUGGAGUUCAGUUCUCCACGUUCGGCAUGGAGUGCGCCCUCUGGCUGUGGGAUGUGCCUGGUGCGCCCUGGGCGAACCCUUACCUGGCCAUCAUGCCGGACAUAAUGCACCAGGCGGACCUCGGGAUCUUGCACCACAUGAUUUCCGCAAUCCGCUCCUCCCACAAAGGCAGUCUCGCCACCUUUGACGAGAGGCUCACACAGAUCCGUGAGGAGACUCGAAUGACGAACCUACGUUUCCCUGAGACUGCCUAUUUCGAGUCUGGCGCAUGUGUCGCCGCCCACGAGCACCGCGCUGUCUUGAUGACACGUUGGAGGAGAAGCGGCUGAGCGCGAUCCGCGCGUACCUUGAGUGG